ACACCCAAACAGCAUCAAACAAAGAAGGCAACACUAAUGGGAAGGAAAAACCGGAUAGCUUUUCCAGUCAUGGCAUGGGGGAUCAGGAACCGUUUUCAUUCCCUUACGGCCAUCCUUGUCGCCGUCUUCGUCAUUUCCGUUAUCUACCUUACCGGAAAGAACAACGUGCAAUCGUCUGACAGUCUUGCGACAUCUCAAUGUAAUUUGCUUUCCGGCAACCUCACAGGAAAGAACAACAACGUGGCGUCUUCUGACAGUCUUGUGAUACAUGAGAAUUCCAGUGACUCGCCGUCCCAAUGCGAUUUAUUUUCCGGCGAAUGGGUUUACGAUAACUCGUCCUACCCUCUAUACACCUGGGAGCAAUGCUCUUACAUUUCAGAUCAAGUGGCUUGCGAGAAGUUUGGGAGAAAGGAUACAAAGUAUCAGAAUUGGAGGUGGCAACCACAUCAAUGUAACCUUCCAAGGUUCAAUGCCACAGCAUUGCUGGAGAUGUUGAGGGGGAAAAGGCUUAUUUAUGUUGGGGAUUCCCUUAACAGAGGUCAAUGGGUAUCUAUGGUUUGCCUCUUAGAGUCUUCAAUCCCUGCCUCACAGAAGGCCAUGGACUGGAGCGGGCAGGAUGGCUCUAUCAUCACCUUCACGGCCAAGGAGUACGAUGCAUCUAUCGCGUUCUAUUGGGCUCCUCUUUUGCUGGAAUCCAAUUCGGACCAUCCAUUUAACCAUCGUCUAUCUGACCGAUUCGUCAGAAUCCAAGCAAUCGAGAGGCACGCCAGAUACUGGACAGACGCAGACGUACUGGUCUUUAACUCCUAUCUUUGGUGGAGAAGACCCAAAAUGAAGCUUUUGUGGGGCUCUUUUGAUAGUUCCGACGGAAUUUACAAAGAGGUAGAGAUGCUGCGCAGCUAUGAAAUGGCACUGAAGACGUGGUCGGAUUGGGUUGAAAUCCAUGUGAACCAUACCAAGACCAAAUUAUUCUUCGCGAGCUUGUCGCCCACACACUUGUGGAAUUAUGAGUGGAGCAAUGCAAAGGAGGGGGAGGGGAACUGUUACAAUGAGACGGAGCCCAUAACAAAACAAGGACACUGGGGUGGAGGAUCAGAUUCGAGGAUGAUGCGGUUAGUGGAAUCGGCGGUCAAGGAGUUGGAGGGGAGAGGAGUGACAGUGCAGAUACUGAAUAUUACACAGAUGUCGGAGUACCGGAAAGAAGCCCACCCUUCUAUAUACAAGAAACAAUGGGAGCCUAUCACUCAGGAGCAACUCUCCAAUCCCACAUCCUACGCGGACUGCAUGCAUUGGUGCCUUCCCGGUGUACCAGAUGCCUGGAAUGAGAUCCUCUACGCCCUUCUUCUUCAUCCUUCUUCUUCUUCUAACUCAUCUUCAUCUUCUUCUUCUUCUUCUUCUUUUUCUUCUUAGGAGAAUUCAUCUGUUGAACAUAACCCAACCAAAACU